AUGCACUGUAAACUGGUCCUGUACCGACUGCACUGUAAGCUGUCCUGUAAAGCCUGUCCCUGUACGCUGUCCUGUAUGCGCUGUCGUCCAACGCUGUCUGUAAGCUGCUCCUGUAAGCUGCACUGUAAGCUGUCCUUGCUGCACUGUAAGCUGUCCUGUAAGCUGUCCUGUAAGCUGUCCUGUAAGCUGUCCUGUAAGCUGUCCUGUAAGCUGUCCUGUAAGCUGUCCUGUAAGCUGCCCUGUACGCUUGCCCUGUUACGCUGUCCUCUGUCCUGUAAGCUGUCCUGUAAGCUGUCCUGUAAGCUGUCCUGUAAGCUGUCCUGUAAGCUGCUCCUGUACGCUGCCCUGUACGCUGCCCUGUACGCUGUCCUGUACGCUGCCUGUAUACUGCCUUGUACGCUGCCCUGUACGCUGUCCUGUAAGCUGCACUGUAAGCUGCACUGUAAGCUGCACUGUAAGCUUGUCCUGUAA